AUGAAUUUCACUGAACUGAACAAAUUAACCGAGCAAGCAACAAGCAAACUACAUGAAUCUGUACACAACAUCGAAUCGUUGAAGCAAUGGAAGGCACAAAUGUUUUCUCUCAUCGAUUCAAUAGCUGAAUUAAAGUUACCUUCUUCUUCUUCUUCUUCUUCUUCUUUGCUUCAGACUACCGACCAGCAUUUAUCUUUCGAUCCUGUCAAUUGGCCAUCAGCUCGACGUUUAGCACAUAGCAUACUCGAUUCAUCAUUGGACUUUAUUCAAAAUAUAAGAGAUCAUCCUGCUUGGCAACCUGUUCCAGUUGAUGUUCGUACGGCACUUGAACAUGACGCACUUCCAGAAUACGGUCGGCCUAUGUCAGACAUUUCUCAAGAUAUGCUCAAGUACAUUUUACCCUAUUCUAUCGGUCAUUCACACCCUCGUUUUUGGGGAUGGGCAAGUGGUGAAGGCACCUUCGGCAGUUUACUCGCCGAUAUAAUUGCAUCAGCAAUGAAUACAACUAGUAGUGGUGGCACUCAAAGCGCUAUCCUUGUUGAAAGAACUGUUAUUGAAUGGAUGCGUCAACUGUUUAAUUUUCCACCAAAGACUACCGCUGGUCUUGUAGUUAGUGGAACAUCAAUGGCAACAAUAAUUAGUAUGGCAGCAGCUCGUCAUCAUGCAUUAUUCAAUGUUAGACAAGAUGGACUGGUCAAUGGGACACAAUUGGUUGCUUAUGCAUCAACCGAGACACACAUAUGUGUUAUCAGGGCACUUGAACUAUUGGGACUUGGAUCAAAGGCCAUGCAUUUUAUUUCUGUUGAUGAAAACUUUUGCAUCAAUAUUGAUGAACUGAAGAAAGCAAUACGAGAAGACCGAGAAAAGGGCUUGACUCCAUUUUGUAUCAUCGGAAAUGCAGGUACGGUUAAUACGGGUGCAUUUGACAAUCUUCUCGAAUUAUCGUCGAUAGCUCAUUCAGAGCACAUGUGGCUUCAUAUUGAUGGAGCCUUUGGUAGUUUGGUUGUACUCGAUCCUAACCGUCGUCAUCUUGUUGCCGGCAUUGAUCAAGCUGAUUCACUUGCGUUCGACUUUCAUAAAUGGCUUCAUUGUCAGUAUGAUGCAGGAUGUGUUUUAAUUCGUGAUGUUUCUCAUCUUAACUCGACCUUUUCAUUAAAUCAAUCAUAUUUGGCUUCAUCUGAGCGUGGCUGCAGUGGGUACAAGCCUUGGUUCUCUGAUCAUGGUCCUGAACUAUCACGUACGUUUCGUGCAUUAAGAGUAUGGUUUACACUUAAAGAGCAUGGGACAGUGAAAAUAGGUCAAAAGAUAGCUGAUAAUUGUCAACAAGCUCAAUAUUUAGUCUCUCUAUUGGAGAAACAUAGUUUUAUUCGUAUUAUUCGUCCUAUUUCAUUGAACAUUGUCAAUUUUCGACUUGAGCCGAAAGAAUUUGCCGAUGCCGACUCUUACGUCGUUGAUGUAUUUAACAAUGAGCUCGUUGCUGAUAUACAGCUUUCGGGCAUUGCAGUCGUUUCAACGACAAAUAUUCACAAACAAAUCUAUAUUCGAGUGGCUAUCAUCAGUCACAGAAGUACUCUAGAAGAUUUUGAUAUUUUUGUGAAAUGCCUCUUAGAUCUCCAUCAAGCUCGACUUCGAACUAGUUCAUCGAACCAAAGUUAA